UCACCUGACAAGUUUCGCGGCUAGUUCUUCCAGGUCGAACAGAAACUAGGUCCCACCUUCCAAAGGGGAUAGGGCUGAGACCGGUAGAGGAAGGAACACCCGGAAACCAGAGGUCUUCCUCACCUGAAGCGCUGACUUCUCACGGCAUCUGCUGUCGGCUUUGAUAUUUGGAGAAACCAGCGCAUCAAGCAGAUCAGAGAAGAUUGGGCGUGUUUAAAAGCUGACAACCUCUGACUGACUGGAAACUCAGCGCUGCAGGGAUGGACUCCCAGAGUCAUGUUCUGGAGCGGUUACGGACAGCCUUUAGGUCAGGGAUCACUUUACCAGAGGAGUUUCGUCGAACGCAGCUCACCAAUCUCUUGUCCAUGGUCAGAGACAAUGAGGGGCAGAUUUUAAAGGCUUUACACCAAGAUUUAGCGAAGCCCAAAUUUGAGAGCAUCCUCUCUGAGGUGGAUAUAGUGGUCAAUGAGCUGCAUUAUGCCAUCUCCAACUUCAGAAACUGGAUGAAGCCGGAGUAUGUGGCCAAAAGCCUGGCCACAAAGCUAGAUGAAUGUUUUGUCCGGAGGGAGCCUUUAGGAGUGGUGCUGAUCAUUGGACCAUGGAACUACCCACUGCAACUUCUCAUUGUACCACUAGUUGGAGCCAUUGCUGCAGGAAACUGUGCAGUAAUCAAGCCUUCAGAGAUCAGCUCCGCCACAGACCGUCUGGUAGCAGAGCUCAUUCCUAAGUACCUGUCUCAGGAUUGUUAUGCAGUUGUUCGUGGUGGAUCAGAGCAAACCAAGGCUCUGCUGCAGAACCGAUUUGAUCACAUCUUUUACACCGGUUCCCAAGCUGUGGCCCGAAGCGUUGUGCAGGCAGCCUCUGUUUACCUGACACCAGUAACUUUGGAGCUGGGCGGCAAGUGUCCCUGCCUCAUAUAUGGGCGGAUAAACAUCCAAGCUGCUGCUCACCGCUUAGUGUGGGCAAAGUUCUUUAAUGCUGGCCAGAGCUGCGUGGCUCCAGACUACGUGCUGUGCACAGAAGCUACCCGGGACGCCCUGCUGCCCGCACUGUCCAGCGUGUUGGAACAGUUCUACGGAAAGGAGCCCCAGAAGUGUCCCGACCUGUCCCGGAUUGUCUCUGCUCGGCACUUCACUCGUCUGAUGAAGCUGCUUGAACAGACCAAAGGGAAGGUUGUUAUUGGAGGAGAGAGCGACCAGGAGGAUAAAUACAUAGCUCCCACAGUGGUGGUGGAUGCAGGGGAAGAUGAUGCCCUGAUGGCGGAGGAGAUCUUUGGCCCUAUUCUGCCUAUUUUCACUGUGGAGGAACUGGAGAAGAGCAUUGAAUUUGUCAAUCGUCAUGAAAAGCCGUUGGCCCUCUAUGUGUUCUCUGACGAAUCCUCUGUGGUGAAGACGGUGAUGGAGAAGACCAGCAGUGGGGGCUUCUGCUCUAAUGAUGGGAUUGUUCAUAUGACCCUUCCUGGUCUGCCUUUCGGAGGUGUAGGGGCCAGUGGCUGGGGCUCCUACCAUGGCCGCUGGAGCUUUGAGACGUUCAGUCAUCGACGGGCCUGCUUGAUCCGAGGCUGGGGUUUGGAGAGACUCAAUACCCUGCGGUAUCCACCUUACACUGAAGACAAGUUGAAAUGGCUGCGUUGGACCACGUCUCAGCAAAGCAGCUGUUCACUGAUGUAAUACAGUCUGUGUGGCUUGUUUUACUGUAUCUGUAUGGAGAGAUCAUCUCUGGUGUCUGCCAGCUUUUUGAUGGCCAUCAGGUCCCACCUCAGGAUUAAGUGGCAGUGUGAGGGUUAACAUCUGAUAACAGGUUGACGGCUGAUUUAGGGAGUUAAAGAAUGGAUUAUAUCAGUGUAAAUUCCUUUUAAAGGCAACAUGAUGAAGAUGGAUGUGAGAAUUUAAGACCAAAUAGAAACUUUUUACACUGAAAUACAAUUUAGGAGGACAAUAAAGUGUUUGUUUUGCAACA